AUGGAUCAUAUAUCGAUUGCGAAACUCGUUCCGGGCAUUCAAUCAGGGCACAUCAGAGCGAUUGUCAUGGUGAAAUGGCCAUACUCAUCCUCACGACGUGAGAUGGCUGUGAUUCUUGCGGAGCCCAGCCUGAGACUCCGCCGUGCAAAUGGGCAAGUGAAAGCGCGCUUCACCAAUGCCAGCGCCCUGUCCCUAGCCAUGGCUGAUAUCACGGUUGGAGACGAGAUGGUGCUGAGCCUGCAAGGCGCAGCAGCCGAGUGGAAGAGUGAGGACGAAAAGCUAGAACGAGGCAUAGGGUUGGAGCUGCGCUAUACGAAUAGUGUGGCCCUACGAGUGCUGCGUAAUGGUGUCGAAGUCGUCAACCAGAACGCCAUUGUCGACGCAGGCAUGCUUGCCAUCUCGCAGCAUCCACGCCCUUACAUGAAGGCUCUUGUACAUGACCCCGAGCUGGAGACCAACGCCAUGGACGCCGUGGUGGCAGGGAACGGCGCCGAGACCCACAAGCUCAACCCUGGUACCUUUGGCCAGGUGAUAGCUCCCGGCAAGCUAGACACCUUCGAACACGUCUUCGUAGGUGGAUGGCUCUGCGAGAUUCCUGAUCUUCCUGGACUGGGCGACGCUUGUGCAAGUCAGUCAGUAGGCUGGAUCCAUAACGGGGAGACGGACCACGCAAAAAUCCUCACGUCGGAGGAUUACACGCGUAUUGGAUGCGCGUUGUAUGCUGGGGUUUGGUGCUGCGACCUUGCAUGA